CGGGGUCUUUCCUCGCACACCCACCAUAUGCGCUGAUUGUUUGGCCCUGGACUGCGGAAAGUAUUACGCGUACAUAAGUCGACGCGAUCUUGUUUGAUUCAAGUGGCCUGCUUUUGCUAACGGACGACCAUGGCCUCUCAGCCCGUCGAGGAGACGUCGGAGCGGACACCCUUGCUCCCGGACACCACCGCAGCCACCACCUCGCGAGUCCAACAUGCUACCGAUGGAGAGACGCCACUGCCCAAGGGCCAAAUCCUACUCCUCAGCUUCACGCGGAUCGCAGAACCACUCACUUUCGCGAUUCUAUUCCCCUUCGUGAAUGCCAUGGUGCUCAGGACGGGCGAGGUGGAGGUGGAGGAGGUUGGGUACUAUGUUGGUGCGAUAGAGAGCCUGUUCUCACUCGUGCAGAUGAUGUUCCUGAUUUCCUGGGGUUGGGCCGCGGACAAGUACGGGCGAAAACCGGUGCUGCUCAUCUCCUUGCUGGGAGCAGCUCUCUCCACGACUCUGUUCGGUUUCUCGACGAAAAUCUGGCACAUGUUCGUGGCGCGCUGCAUUGGAGGUUUAUUCGGGGGAAAUGCCGUAGUGGUUCGAACGCUCUUUGCGGAGAUAUCAGAUAGCACGAACCAAGCCAGAGCGUUCAGCUUCUUCGCAUUCGCUUCGAACAUCGGACUGAUGGUCGGUCCCCUGAUCGGCGGCGCCUUCGCCGAACCCGAGGAUGCCUGGCCCGGCACGUUCGGGCGCAUAGGAUUCCUCCGCACCUAUCCCUACGCCUUGCCAUGCCUCGUCUCCGGGUCCUACUGCCUCCUCGCGUUCGCCCUCAACGCCGUCUUCCUCCGCGAACCAGCGAAGCGCGAGCACGACCCGAAGAAGGACGGUCCCAAGCCCGGGCUGAGGACUCUCCUGACGCCGCCGGUGCUCAAAGCAUUACUCGUUUUCAGCGCAGCUAUGUUCCUCGGAUUGGCGUACACUGCGGUACUGCCGAUCUGGCUCUUCACCCCGGUCCACCUGGGCGGGCUCAACUUCCCACCGUCGCAGAUCGCCGUCCUCAUCGCUCUGGCCGGCUUUUCUCAGUCGCUAUGGCUCCUGUUGGCCAUGCCGCCUCUCGAUAAGGCGCUGGGAACGUAUCGCCUCCUGCGGAUCUGCUUUACUUUCUGGCCGUGGUUCCUCCUCACGCCAAUCGCGGUCAGUCUGAUGGCCAGAGCCGGCGACUGGGUCGUCGUCUUCAUACUCGUAGGGUUGAUGCACACCCUUGGAAGCGGGGUCGCCAUGGCGUUCACUUCGGUACAGCUUCUCUUGAACAACGUCUCGCCCCCAGCCCAUCUUGGCGCUAUCAACGGCCUCGCGCUGACCAUCAAUAGUGGCAUCCGCACCUUCACUCCGGCGCUGUUCGCGUCUAUAUUCGCCGUCGGCGUCCAAAAGAACAUCUUGGGACGAUAUCUCGCGUGGGUGGUCCUAUGGGCAUGCGGUAUGAUAGGCUACUUCGUCAGCAUGCUCGCGCCGAGGGAGAACGUGCGCGUGACUGGCGUAGGCGAGCCGGAGUCGGAGCCGCUCGCCGACGAGGAGCAGGUCGCCGGGGCUGAGGUCACUGGUGCAACAGCGAGCAACGGCAGCCCUGCGUCUACCACCACCUUGAUUGAAUCUGACAACGCUCGAUGACCCUGGGCUGAUAGGUCCCCGACCCCAAUUGUACAUAUCGUUAAUACUUCAUCAUGAAGGAUAUAGAGCAGGGCUCCGUUAUCACGAAGCCCUUGAUACCAC